CGGCGCCCGGGGCGGGGGCGGUGCCGCCUCCCCUCCCCCCUCGGCCCGCUCCUCCCUCCUGGGCGCCCGCCGCCCCCGCGCCGCCCGCCUGCUCCCCCUUGUUUUCCUUUAAAGGGAGGCGGCGGCGGCUGAGCCCGAGCCGAGCCGAGUCCGCCCCCCGCGAGCGCCAGCCCGCCCGCCCACCGCCGACAUGGUGCUCACGCUCGGGGAAAGUUGGCCGGUGCUGGUCGGCAAGAGGUUCCUGAGCGUGUCGGCCUCCAAGGAGUGCGGGGGCAGCGGCCACAGCUUCGACGUGGAGCGCGUGGACGAGUGGCCCUGGGUGUCGGGCACCAUCCGCGCCGUGUCCCACAUCGACGUGACCAAGAAGGACCUGAAGGUAUGUGUGGAGUUUGAUGGAGAAUCAUGGAAGAAAAGAAGAUGGAUAGAAGUCUAUAGUCUCCAAAGGAAGGCAUUUUUAGUAGAACAUAACCUGGUUUUGGCUGAACGGAAGUCUGCUGAGAUUGUGCAGUGGCCAGCAAUACUGUACAAAUCCCUGUUGGACAAGAUUGGUUUAGAAUCCAUUACUUCUAUUCGUUUUCUUGGAGAAGACAGAAGAAUAUUCAUUUCUAAAGACCUUCUGAAGCCCAUACAGGAUGUAAAUGGUCUUCGACUUUCUCUUAUGGAUCAUCAAAAUAUCAGUAAAGAAUUUCAAGCCUUGAUUGUCAAACAUUUAGAUGAAAGCCAUUUAUUACAAGGUGACAAAAACUUAGUGGGUUCAGAAGUAAAAAUUUAUAGUUUGGAUCCAUCUACCCAAUGGUUUUCAGCAACUGUUGUAAAUGGCAAUCCAACUUCAAAAACACUUGAAGUUCGUUGUGAAGAGAUUCCAGCUCUAAAAAUUGUUGAUCCAGCACUAAUUCAUGUUGAAGUUGUUCAUGACACUCUUGGGAAUUGUGGAAAAGCUAAAAGAGUAAGUGCAGUAAAGCGGAAGUCUUCGGAGAACAAAGGAGGCCUCACCCCAAAGCUCCCAAGGCCUUGCUCUGAGGCCCCUUCUAGUCCAGGUCCUGGGCAGUCUGUUUCCACGCCAAUUCUUAGGGAAGUGCUUCCCGGAUGCACCGCAACUACUCCAGCUAGUAAGGACCUUAGACAAAGCACUCCUCUAGCAGCUAAUUCUCCACCUAAUGUUGGAGCACAGUCUCCUCAAGGAGAUCAUGCACAGAGUUUACCCGAAGGAUUUUCUUCCUCUUUAAACAUAAACAUAAAGACAGAGACACCAACAGUGAGCACAGAAGUGGAGGCACUUUGUAAGCAGCCAACUCAGGUUGGAACAGGGGACUUAACAGACCCAAGUGAAUCCAAAGUGAACUAUACCCAGUUGAAGACUUUGAACGAGCUUCCUUUGACCAGCACACAAAACUGUGAUGAAAGUGAAAAGAAAAGCACGAUUGAAUCCUUAGUCAAAUCCCCUGUGGAUUUUUCUUUGGAGGACUUACGGCCACUCACACAACAGCCACAGGAACCUUCCCAGGAAAGAUUAGAGGGGACAGAGACUUCGGAAUUGCAGAAGCAUCUGGACUGUAAGCCUUCCACAUCGGAGAUCUGUGCCACUCCUGCCAAUGAGCCUGCAGGGAAAGCCCCUCUUCCCAGCCGGCCUGUCAGUGCCCUGGGAAGGAGGCCCGAAAACUCUGCCUUUUUGUGUCCUCCUCUCUGGGGCACUUCCAGAGAGGCGACCAUCAGCCUGAAACAGGAAAGCGACAUGUGGCACGCCAGCAGCAGCAGCAGCAGCAGCAGCAGCAAAGUCCAGAAUGUCACUGCUCGGAAAUCAGUGUUGAUGGACCCAGCCAAGGUCAAGAAACUGCAGCAGAGUGGUGAGGCCUUCGUACAGGAUGGCGCCUGUGCAGCUAUUACUGCAAAUCUGUCCAAGUGCCGAGAGUGCCGGCUGGAUAGCUACCGGAAGGACAAGGAUUCCCCUGUCUUUUGCAGAUUCUUUCACUUUAGGAGGUUACAGUUUAAUAAGCAUGGUGUGUUACGGGUAGAAGGCUUCUUGACCCCUAACAAAUAUGAUAUGGAAGCCAUUGGCCUGUGGUUGCCUUUGGCCAAAAAUGUGGUGGGUACCGAUUUGGACACUGCAAAAUAUAUUCUUGCCAACAUUGGAGACCACUUUUGCCAGAUGGUGAUAUCUGAAAAGGAGGCAAUGUCAACCAUCGAGCCACACAGACAGGUGGCUUGGAAACGCGCUGUUCGAGGUGUUCGAGAAAUGUGUGAUGUCUGUGACACUACCAUCUUUAACUUGCACUGGGUGUGCCCUCGCUGUGGGUUUGGGGUGUGCGUGGACUGCUUCAGGAUGAAGAAGAAAAAUGUCCAGCAAGGUGGCACGUACAAGACGUUCUCGUGGCUUAAGUGUGUGAAGAGUCAGAUCCAUGAACCCGAAAACCUCAUGCCCACACAGAUCAUUCCCGGGAAAGCUCUGUAUGAUGUGGGAGAUAUUGUUCACUCAGUAAGAGCAAAAUGGGGAAUAAAGGCAAACUGUCCUUUCAAUCGACAAAUCAAACUCCUCUCGAAGCCAGCUCCGAAGGAGGACACGAGACAGAAUUCAUUAGUUGGGGAAAAGCUUAGUCUAGGAGCAGCCCUCCAGCGAAGUAACAGUGUGUUAGACCCAGCAAACGGGAGCUGUGAUCCUGCUACGAAGCCAAGCUGUGGCACCAAGCCCAGUUGUCCAGUUAGUUCUUCUCCUUUGAACUGGCUAGCUGAUUUAACCAGUGGAAAUGUUAACAAGGAAAAUAAGGAGAAACCACUCACAAUGCCAACUUUGAAAAAUGAAAACAAAUCUCUCCAGUCUCUGCCCACCUUGACUAAACUUCCUACUGUUCUGCACACCUUUAACAGCACAAUAUUAACACCUGUAAGCAACAACAACUCUGGUUUUCUCCGGAAUCUACUGAACUCUUCUGGAGGGAAGACUGAAAAUGGCCUCAAGAACACACCAAAAAUCUUGGAUGACAUCUUUGCUUCAUUGGUUCAAAAUAAGACUUCGUGUGACAUCCCUAAGAAGCCUCAGGGAUUGAUUAUCAAGCCCAGCAUUUUGGGAUUUGAUACUCCUCACUACUGGCUGUGUGAUAAUCGUUUGCUGUGUCUACAGGAUCCUAACCAUAAGAAUAACUGGAAUGUCUUCCGAGAGUGUUGGAAGCAGGGACAGCCUGUGAUGGUGUCUGGAGUGCAUCACAGACUGAAUGCUGAGCUGUGGAAACCUGACUCCUUCAGGAAGGAGUUUGGAGAGCAGGAAGUAGAUCUGGUCAAUUGUAGAACGAAUGAGAUCAUCACGGGAGCCACAGUAGGAGAUUUCUGGGAUGGAUUUGAAGAUAUCCCAAGUCGCCUGAAAAAUGAUGAUGAGCCAAUGGUACUGAAACUUAAGGACUGGCCUCCUGGGGAAGAUUUCAGAGAUAUGAUGCCUUCUAGGUUUGAAGAUUUGAUGACAAACAUCCCAUUGCCCGAGUAUACCAGGAGAGAUGGCAAACUGAACUUGGCCUCCAGAUUACCCAAUUACUUUGUUCGUCCAGACCUGGGUCCUAAGAUGUAUAAUGCUUAUGGGUUAAUCACACCAGAAGACAGGAAGUAUGGAACAACAAAUCUUCAUCUAGAUAUAUCUGAUGCCGCUAACGUCAUGGUCUACGUGGGCAUCCCGACGGGACAGCUCGAUCAGGAAGACGAAGUACUUAGAACUAUCCAAGAUGGAGACUGUGAUGAACUAACUGUCAAGAGGUUUAUUGAAGGAAAAGAGAAACCAGGAGCUCUUUGGCACAUUUUUGCUGCUAAAGACACAGAGAAGAUCCGAUCCUUUCUUAAGAAGGUCUCAGAAGAACAAGGACAAGAAAACCCUGCGGAUCAUGACCCUAUUCAUGACCAAAGCUGGUAUCUGGACCGCCCGCUCCGAAAGCGCCUCCACCAGGAGUAUGGAGUUCAAGGCUGGGCCAUCGUGCAGUUCCUGGGGGACGUCGUGUUCAUCCCAGCGGGCGCCCCCCACCAGGUCCAUAACCUGUACAGCUGCAUCAAAGUGGCAGAAGAUUUUGUCUCCCCGGAGCACGUCAAGCACUGCUUCUGGCUCACUCAGGAAUUCCGCUACCUGUCUCAGACCCACACUAACCAUGAAGACAAACUACAGGUGAAGAAUGUGAUCUACCACGCGGUGAAAGAUGCGGUGGCCAUAUUAAAGGCCAGUGAAUCUGGCUACCCCAAACCUUAAACUCCAGAAGCUCUCACCGGAAACGAACUAGUGGCAGCUGUUGGGAGCAGACCUUCUGGCUUUCUGUGGACUUGGAACUCACGUUACCUCAUCCUCCUUUUUAAGCAGUGCCUGACUUGAGAAGGUACUUUGUCUAUUGUACAUUUCUAGUGUUUACAGACACUCAGUGUGUAUAUGUAGUGACUAUUCACUGAUCCCUUGGCAUCCGGAAACUGGGACUUCUCACCUGCUACAGACUUUGAAACCAAACUAACUGUAAGAAAAUUACCUCUUAUUGAGCUCUGGAAAACAUCUACGACUGUUCCCCCACUGUCAAAAUGGAUUUGUAUCUAUUGCUUGGAGUCUUGUGAGGGGAGCGGAUUUUGUUUUGUGAAUGUUUAGGGAAUUUUUUCCCUUAAUGUCCAGAGGAGGAGCCAAGAAAACAGUGGCUGGUGCAGUUCUUAAUGCAUCACCACGGGACUUGCAUUAAGCAACAGUCAAAAAAAAUCUACUGUACAAUUCAUGGGAUUAACCAUCUUUAAGCAAAUGAAAUCUAAUUUAAUUGAGGCUUUGCUAAUUUCGAAGUGUUAAGCAUUUUACAUUAAACAAUAUUCAUUUAA